GAUGGACUCCCCGGAAGUCUAGGACUUAUAUACUGUUAUAAUGUGGUGUAAAGAUGCUUACCGCGGCAGACCUGCUGAUCGGUGAGGUAGAGGUAAGCUUACAAUAUGAAGCUGUUAAUCACAGUUAGCGUUUAUUAUAUUGGUAUAACCUGGAAGCUCCUGAUACGAUGUCAUACGAACUCCAGACAUGGCGUUGUCUAAAACGAAAAAAAGCAAUGAGAAAAGCCUACUGUCCUAUUCUACCCCCUGACAUACUGCAUAACUCGGCUACUGGCACCGCGGAUCAAGGCGUGGAUCGGAACGCUUCACUAUACGCGUUCUUGAAUCUAAAUGGCCAGAGUAAAUGGAAUUUUACGUAGGUAGGUAUACAUAAUUCGGCGACUUAGACAAACCUGCUUACCGCUGAAGAUCUGAGAGGAUUGCGAAUACAAAUAGUCGAGCUCAGCCCGCCUAACAUAUGUUACACCCCAAAGUUCAUUUUGACGAAUGUUCAGGUUAUUAGGCUAUUAUAUUUCAGUAUAUUGAUAGGUAUUGUCUCCAACAUGUCCCACACAGGUCCUAUCUUUGAAAGGUCGAAAAGCAGACUUGCAAGGCUUUCCGAGAAGUUACACGAUCAUGACGAUGAGCUUGGUAACCAACUUCCGGGAUUAGCAGACCUUCUCGACGACAUCGUCUCUCCCGACGUAAACGUGCCCCGAGAGGAUUCUAUUCGCAGACUGCUGCGCGUCUUUUGGAAGUCUCAGUCGGAUGGAACAUAUAGUAGCAUCCUCGGACGUUAUUCUGACCAGGAAAAGAGCUUGAUACGAAGAUUCGUCGAAGACGAGAAAGCAGCCGACGACCUCCCCGACGAUUUCGAUAUUGGCCUAUCUCUAGGCGCUCGCGAUGAGUUACCGACCUUACCCGAGGAAGGUGAUCACCCUUCAAUUAAAGAAGAAUUACGCUCUGCCUUCUCCAAGGUAGUCCAUGGUAGGCAUGACCAUGUAACCCUUUAUAACGAUAAAAAUAAAAAGGUGAAGAUCGCUGUUCACGCCGAAGAGAAGUUUCAAAAUUGGGGCCUUACCGUCAAGAACACACCGAGCCUCACCUAUAUCCCGAGCACGUCUUAUGGCAUUCAACAAAUUGUUAAACAUGCAAAGGCUCGUGGCCUAAGGGUCAGAGCGUCUGGAUAUCGUCAUUCAUGGUCCCCAGUCUUCAGCGACGACGGCCAGAUCAUCAUCUCGACUCUAGGUUUAUUUGAAGCUACAAAGCUUCCGAACAUCGUAUCGUUGCCAGGGUCACAAUUCUUCGUCCGCGGUACAGAGCUCAACAGUAUCGACUUUGUAGGAACGCCUCAAAAAGGGAAGAAGCGACUGGUUCGGGUUGGCACCGCAGUGACUAACCAGAUAUUCAGGAGGUGGUGCAAUAAACAGAAGAUGGAUGCUGCUUCGACUCUCCCACUAAACGUUAUAAUGGUAGAGAUUACUUUGGGAGGAUCCAACGCCCCGAUCUGCCACGGUGCUGGCCGAAAACAUCCGACUCUUAGCGACUUGGUAUACGCCAUCGAGUACGUAGAUGUGAACGGGAACCUACAAACCAUCAGCAAAGACAAGGACCCUAGCUUCAUGGCCGUAGCUAGUGGUUGUUUUGGACUGUUGGGAAUCGUUACUCAUAUUACGCUUGAGCUUGAUCCCAUGUCAUACGCAGCUAUGGCCCCGGUACAAAUUCCCGUUAUGCAAGCUAUCCCGCCACCUCCUGGGCUGGCGGAUGAGGACAUUCCCGAAGCCCUUCGGAUCAAGAUGUCGCCAGAGGAGCGUGCCCAGGCUCAAGCGGAAUUUGAGAAGCACGCGGCCGACGACUUCUAUGCGGAAUGGUUUUGGUUCCCUUAUACGAGCAAAGUCUGGGUCAAUUGCUGGAACAACACGGAUGACGGUGAAGGAGCGAAGGACUACCCGAGUAAGGCCGGCGUUCUUCUCCAGUGGGUCGAGACCGUCGCUAUUCAGGUCAUCCAAGACUCUGAGGCUUUCUUCAAGCUGCAGAAAAUAUUCCCAUGGGCGCAAACUACGUUGCUAUCCAAACUAGGUCUCUAUGCUAUGCCGAAUAUCACCGACCCGAAGGACACAAUUAGAACGCAAUUGCCAGAUGCGCUGCACUUCCGGAGAGCCAUCCAGAAUGUCAGGGUUAGGGAUACGGAGCUCGAGAUACCACUACAGCCCAAAGUCGGUAGCUUGAAGGAUGCAAAGCCCGACGCCGAAAUCAACUGGUCUCUUGUGCAAAAAGCAUGGUGGGAUGCGAUACUAGCUGCGUAUAAGUAUACCGAUACAUGUCCUCAGCGUAUGCCCCUCGAAAUGCGCAUCACCGGUUCUUCCGAAGUGACUAUGGCGCCGUUCCGUGGGCACAAGUUAGGUACCUGUUCAAUCGAGGUCCUAACAUUGCAGAAUAUGGAUACCGAAUGGACUCCAUAUGCGCAAUACGUCAUCGAUCAAUGGAUGGAACUCAAGGACAACGAGGGGAAAUAUCUCGAAACACGGCCACACUGGGCUAAGGAAUGGGCUAACAUGACUGCUCGUGGACGGCCCAUGGUCGAAUACAUGAAAGAAUCGUACGGCGAUGCCAUCGUCGAGUUCCGAGACACGCUGGGUCAGAUUGCGAAAAAGCAAGGAUGGGAUUUGGAGGAAGCUCGACAACGGUUUAGCAACGAACUUUUUGACAAGUUUUUCUUCACGUGAGAGGUAAUAUUUCAAGGCUCAAGGGGAAACUGCAAUCAAUAAUUUAGAAUCAGAUAAAUCGUAGCAACACUGCUCUUUCAUUGAAAUACCAUCA